GUGUGGCACAUUCGAGCCGUCUAAACCCUAAUUCCGCAGGGCAUUGUGACACGGUUUACUUUGAGGACAUUCCCUCAAACGCAAGUCUGGGCAUAUUCUGUCGUCUCUACUCGGCAGUAAUCUACUGUCAGGCCGGAGUGAAUUUUUAUAGUGGUUUGGUAUGCGGUUCACGCUCUCGCCACUACAAAUACAGAUCCAAACGCCAACAUUCUCUCUACUUGCACUGUGGUUGGAGUCCAAGUAUUAUUAUUGAAUGUAUUCUGUAGUCCUUAACCUCCAUCUGGGCUCUUCGAUGUUUUUUCCCUAUCUUUCGAAUACAGUCGGGACGAAGAAUCCUUGGAUUUCUUAAAAGAAACUCCCGCCAAUGUCACUGCAAGUUGACGGUGAGAACCUAUGUCCAAACAUGCAUCUGAACUGGACCCCCAAAACUUAUUACAUCCUCAUUCUCGGCUCGUGUACAGGGACGUUCUGAACAAGAUCGUCCCUGAGGCCAAGGCAAGCAAUUUCUCUAAUAUCCGACGUAUUGAAGCUACAGGGCUCGCAAAUUGCCUUCUAGAAGCAGGUGUCUUCAUCUCUUACAGUGUCGAACCUUUCCUGCCACCGCCAGUGCCUACCCACAUGACUAACACGUACUUUGCAUGGCCCUCCUGCGUCUCAGACACUGUUCUCAUCGGUGCAAUGGAUGCGAGUGCUGCCUCCAUCGCUGCGGUUGCCAAGGAGGAUCUCGAUUCACUUCCCUACUAUCCGAACAAUAGCUUCGAUGAUACACUACUCGAAAGAAUGUAUAGGAGCACUCUGAGGACCAUCACAAAGAAGUACGGCCCCAACAACAUCAUGGGUCGUGCUGGAGGGUGUGUUCGUUCAGUGAUAACUUUACCAUCGACUCCCUCCGCCCAAAUCCAAAUUCUGAUCGAUGGAUGCUCACGAUAGAGAUUGCUGUAUAGGCACGCACCACAUGAAU